AAGAUUAAAAAAAGAAAACAAAAAGGAAGUAAAUAUUGUGCCCUGCGGAAUACCGUUUUUUUCGAGUAUAUCGUGUUUUAUUGUAUGUUGUCUGGUGUUUUUUGUUGUUGUUGUUUCGACUUCCGUAUCCGGUUAUCAUAUAAAUGUCUCCCUCCAUCAUAAUGCAACACAUGAUUUGAAGCAACACAAAAAAAUUAUUUAUCUUGCUUUAUACAGUUAGAUUGUGAGUGAGAGCAAAUUGGUGUUAAUUGAAUUGCAUUUGUGCACGCAUUAUAACGGCAAAACUACACGCGCAAACGCAAAUAUACACAGUUUUUAUUUGCGAAACAAAUUAAGCCCAGGAAAAGAGCAAGAAAAAGGGCGCCCUUAUUCCUAAUUGUUUAUUAAUUAGUGUCAUCUCGGGGGUUUAACGCUUUUGGCGAUAAACAAAUAUACUUCUAACAAGAGUGGAUAUAUAAUAUUAUUUAUUUAUUUAUUCCGUCCCGUUAUAAUUUGUGUGUUUGUGUGUGUUAGAAGAAAGAUAUAGCCUGAUCUUAUUGUUGUUGUUGUUGGUGUUAAAUAACAUAAAGUGGGUGACUAAUUAUUACAGUUUUAUAUAAUUUGCUACUGGGACGACGUCUAGCGGUGUAUGAGUGCAACAUCAUCAUCACCCAUCUAUCCGCAGCAGCCAUAUGUACAUUGUUCUGCAUGGGCAAUGAUAAGCGCCCCCGGAGUAGUAGUAUAAUGUGCAACAACAUCAAACAGUGGCUGACUUGUUGCAAGUAGAAAAUAAAAGAAAAAAUAUAUCUACUUUGCGUAUAUAACACCCCCCUCGUGCGUUUUAUCGGGCGUCUAUAUUUUCAUCGUUCGUAUAGUUGUCGUCGACAAAUUGGAUUACAGAUUGCUGCUUCAGCUAGUAUUGGACUUAUAGUGUGGCUGUGAUCGAGCAUCCUAUAAGAAAAAAAUAAACAACAUUUAUAGAAAUAGCAUAUAUCUAGCUUCUCUCUUAAGCUAGUGUAUCUCUAUCUUUUUCUAUAUAAAAUUUAAAUGUUAAAAAUGUUUACAAAACAUUUCAGGAGAAAAUUAUUAUCGCAUAGCAAUGAUAUGCACCAUCAUACACUUGUUGUUGUUGUUGCGUACAUUGUUGUAUUUUUAAUUAAUAAGGUAUCAACGGCCGGCAACUUUGAGCUGGAACUACUAGAAAUCUCGAACACAAACAGCCACCUGAUGAGUGGCUAUUGCUGUGGUGUUCCUCUAGAAAUAAGAAGUACGAGAACAACAGAUUGUCCGCCAUGUUCGACGGCGUUCCGGUUGUGUCUUAAGGAGUACCAGAGUUCGGCGCCAGAAAGCUUUACGGCCGGGUGUUCAUUUGGCAAUUCGAGUACGGGCAUCCUUGGAGGCUCUAGUUUUGUGCUGAGUGAUCCCGGAAUUGGAGCUAUUGUUCUGCCAUUUACAUUUCGCUGGACGAAGUCGUUUACGUUGAUCCUACAAGCACUGGAUAUGUACAACACCUCCUAUCCAGAUGCUGAGAGGUUAAUUGAAGAAGCAACUUUUUCGGGCGUCAUCCUACCAUCGCCCGAAUGGAAGACACUCGAUCACAUUGGGAAGAAUGCCCGCAUAACAUACCGGGUGAGAGUUCAGUGUGCAGUUACAUACUACAAUACGACAUGUACAACGUUCUGUCGGCCAAGGAAUGACCAGUUCGGGCAUCAUACAUGCGGAUCGGAGGGUCAGAAGGUGUGCCUUAAUGGUUGGCAAGGAGUUAAUUGCGAAAAGGCAAUAUGUAAACCAGGCUGUGAUCCGACGCAUGGGAAAUGCGAUCAACCAGGAGCAUGCGAAUGCCGGCCCGGAUGGCGUGGACCCCUUUGCAACGAGUGCAUGGUCUAUCCCGGCUGCAAGCACGGAUCAUGUAAUGGUAUCGCUUGGCAAUGUCUAUGCGAUACAAAUUGGGGUGGCAUCCUAUGUGACCAAGAUUUAAAUUAUUGUGGCACCCAUGAGCCUUGCAUGCACGGAGGGACAUGCGAGAAUACGGCACCUGAUCAAUAUCGCUGCACAUGCGCAGAAGGCCUCUCCGGUGAACGGUGCGAGAUUGUGGAGCAUCCGUGCGCGACGCAACCGUGUAAAAAUGGAGGCACAUGCACGCUCAAGGAAUCGCAAAAAAUGACUGAUUCGAUGGGAAUGGCUACGGGACUAAGUGUGCGCGGCAUGCGAGGCAUGAGUUCCAUGGGAAAACCAGUUGGACGCAAUCGUAAUCCUAUGAACAACGGAGGCACCAUUGGCAGCAGCAGCAGCACCAGCAGCGUCGGCAGUGCAAUGGCAAGAAUGAGUCCAACCACUCCACCUGUGGCUGAAUUCACUUGUACCUGUGCACCCGGUUGGACGGGUCCCACAUGCGAAAUAAACAUUGACGAGUGCGCCGGAGGUCCCUGCGAGCACGGUGGCACUUGUAUAGACCUGGUCGGGGGCUUUCGAUGCGAAUGCCCCCCCGAAUGGACCGGCGACAUAUGCCAGAUGGAUGUCAACGAAUGUGAGUCGAAUUUGGCCACAAAUCUUGGGCCCUGUACCAAUGCGGAAAAGUGUCAUAAUUUGCCGGGCUCUUUUUCGUGCCAAUGCUUGAAAGGCUGGGGCGGACCAACCUGUGCCAAAGACCUGGACGAUUGCAAAGGCCAGUGCAAGAAUGGAGCAACUUGCAUUGAUUUGGUUGACGAUUAUCAUUGUGCGUGUGCAACAGGUUACAAAGGACGGGACUGUGAGACGGACAUCAAUGAAUGCGCGAAAUCACCUUGUCGCAACGGUGGCGAAUGUGUGGACAUGAUUGGGAAAUUUAAGUGCAUAUGUCCACUUGGCUACUCGGGGUCGUUGUGUGAGGAAGCCAAGGAUCACUGUACACCAUCACCUUGCAUUCAAGGAAGCUGUCUUAAUACACCCGGUGGAUAUUACUGUCAUUGCCCUCCCGAUCAUGAAGGUAAACACUGUGAGAAUAUGCGCCCACUUUGCUCUUCGCCGCACUGUAAUGAAAGUUGUACACCACCCAUAACUAACUCAACACAAUUCCCAGCAUCACCAUGUAGUGGACACGGGAAUUGCGAAAACGGAGACGUUGGCACCUACUGCAAGUGUCAUCCAGGACGUACAGGAACCUACUGUGAGCACAAUUUAAAUGAAUGCUCUCCGAAUCCCUGCCGCAAUGGAGGAAUCUGCUUGGACGGUGAAGGUGAUUUCACAUGCGAGUGCAUAUCAGGUUGGACAGGUAAACGUUGCUCGGAGCGUGCGACUCAGUGCUACGCUGGACAGUGCCAAAACGGCGGAACAUGUGUAACUGCCGACGGCAGUGGAACGGCGCAAUGUCGUUGCGCACAAGGCUGGAAUGGGCAAUUUUGUAGCGAAGCAAUCGACCAGUGCCAGGGUCAGCCUUGUCAUAACGGGGGCACCUGUGAGUCCGGACCGGGGUGGUUUCGUUGUUUGUGUGCGCAGGGCUUUUCUGGACCCGAUUGUCGGAUAAAUUUGAACGAGUGUUCGCCACAGCCGUGUCUGGGUGGUGCUCGUUGCAUUGAUGGCAUCGGUGGAUACACCUGUGUUUGUCCGCCCGGAAGGCAAGGAGUUCGAUGUGAGAUUUCUCUUUCGGACCCCCAGUCAGCUUGUUUGAAUAUAACAACCCUUUCGCCGUAUAAUUCGUUGGUGAACAGCUCAAAUGUUACAUUGCCAGCGGUUUCGUUGGAGGAGUCUUGUAAUGCGUGUACUUGUGACAAGGGAAAGAGAAAGUGUACGAAUUUGUGGUGUGGUCUGCCGAAUUGUUUUGGAGAUGAGUCGAAGACUUCCAAUCUGUCAAUAACUUGUCAGAGUCAUGAAGUUUGUGUACCAUCGUUGAGGGAGUCAUGUUUAUCACCACCGUGUUUGACGAGAGGAGAUUGUAGGGAGUUGGAGCCUUCGAGGAGGGUAGCUCCUCCAAAGCUUCCAGCGAAGAGUGAAUGUUGGCCAAAUCAAGCGGUUCUCAAUGAGAAUUGUGCGAGAUUGACGAUUCUGGUGGAAUUGGAGAGACUGAGUAAGGGAACGUCGGUGGAGAGUUUGUGUUCGACAAUGCGUUUGUUGCUGGCCGGGAGGAUGGUUAACGAGCCGACAAGCGAAGGAAUGCUGAUUCUUAUUUGUGACUUGAAGACAUCGACCAAUGAUACCAUCGAAGUGACACUGUCAUCUACAAAGGUUGGCGAUGCCCAACUUCCACUUGCAAUAAAACUCCUUGGUGAAUUACUUUCACGGCAAAGUGGAAUUUCUCAUACAAAUCAACAAGUUCCUAACCCAUCAUUGGCACCUUUGAUUUCAAUUCUUGAAGUCAAAGUAGAAACUGCCUUGGUAACAAAGAAUUCCAAUAGCUCCGGCCUCCUCUUUGGAAUUCUAUGUGGCAUUGGAAUAGUUCUAGUGGGUUUUGCAGUUUUCAUGGUCAUGAUUUGGAAACAAAAAACAUCGAUAAGAACUACUUCCGGCAUCAAUCUCACUUCAUCCCUCGAUGCUUUGCGACACGAGGAAGAAAAAUCAAAUAACCUACAAAAUGAAGAGAAUCUAAAAAGAUACACGAAUCCUCUGAAAGGGAGCACGAGCUCCCUUCGAGCGAAUGGCAUGGAAUUGAGUCUAAACCCAGCCCCAGAGUUAUCCAGUAUACCUCCCUUAGCUGCUGGCCCAAGUUCCCUGCAUCACUCGCAACCACUUUAUCCGCCAUGUGAAUCAAAUUUUGACCACGAGCUGGACUCGUCGUCCAAAGCUAUGCAGCAAAAGAGAAACUCACAAAUCCUCCUGCAUAAAACACAAAACUUCGACAUGAAGAAAAAUACUGUCGGUUCGUUGGACAGUCCGCGCAAGGACUUUGGAAAACGCUCAAUCAACUGUAAAUCUGCGCCACCCAUCACUGGCGAUCCGGACGUUCUAACGGUGCAUGUGUAGUGAAGGGCCAUAAUUAUUAUGGCGCACAGUUUUUUAAGUUAACCAUAGGUUGUCAUUGGUUGUAAAUGUUAGAUAUAUAUUUAUUGUAAUCUAAGUUUCCGAUUGUCUUCCGAUAGAGGGGGUUGUUGAGAAUAAGAAGAAAUAUAGAGAUCUCGUACGAUACGCACGAAAGUUGUUUAAAAAAAAUUUAUUUUAACUGAAGAGAUGCACAUAAGUUCCUCGCAAAAUGCAUUUAAAAAGAGUAAAGAGAGAAGAGAGACAAUUUAUGUUGAGAAAAAGCGCCAUCUAUAAAUAAACUUCAGAACCUACUUAAACAAUUAUAUUUUAAAAAAAUGAAAUCUCACGCAGUAUUCAAGUUAAAUAAAAAAAGAAAAAUAUUAAACAGCAAUAUUAAUUGUUUUCAAAUCCUAAUGAGUGUGAUAUUAUAAAAUUAAAUGUAAUUUUAAUUUUAAGUUUAAAAAAUAAGAAAAAAAAAUUUUAAGUUAACUUAAGAUAAUUUCUUAAAUGUAAAUAUAAAAAAAAAUUAAUUAGAACAGAGAUUAUUCUUUAAAAUAUUUUUAUGUAAAUACAAACAAAAUGUAAAUAGUUAAUUUUUUUUAUUUUAAUUUUAAACAUAAAAUGAUUAAAAAAAAUUAAAAAAAAAAAACAAAGUUUGAUGCAAUUCCAGUUAUAUUUUUAUUUCAUUCG